ACUAUCACUUCAAAAAAGGUUUGUCAUCAUUAAAAAUAAAAAAUACUCCUAAUUACAAAUAUGGAGUACUUGAUUGUAUGUGAAAGCAUUUUUAGUAUGCGAUUAAACUAUGUAAUUGAAACGAGUUGUGUAAAGCAUUUGGUUGUUCCAACUUCCAAGUAGGUGUAAACGACGUAGUUCGAGUCGAUGAGGAUAUUUCGACAUUUCUUAUCCGAAACAAAAGCCGCUGAAACUCAUCUCUCCCGCAUCAUAAGCCCAAUUCCUCAAACAAAAAUCCUAAAAUCGGCGCUCUGAAAAUGGGAAUUAUGCUCUUCAGUUUCCCAACAAUAGUAAACCCAGUCAUCAACAAAGGUGCUGACGGGAUGCAUAAAUUCGCCAAGAUUGAAUCUUCAAGCAACAAUCUCCAGCUCCCCCGGCGGCGGCGGCGGCAAAUCGGCGCCGGAAGAAGACUUCAUUGUUCGAUUUCUCGGAGCAAUGGCGACGAAGAACAGCUGGAUUCGCCUCAAGAACUCAGGGUUCCUAGCCAUUGGUUGGAGCCUUCUAGAGCCGCAGAGGAAUCGGCAUGGCUAAGAAGCACGCUACAGAAAUGGUUGGACGAGGAGUAUUGCCCAGAGGCGACCAACGUAGAAAUAAGCAAGAUUGCUGCUGAUUCCUUGUACAAAUCGUUAGUGGAAAAACGAAGUGAUUUAGGGGAUAUUCUGUUGAAAAUGGCUGUAGAAUUGGAAUCCAUAUCUUACCAAGAUAGCUUCCAUGGAGCAUUCUCCUCAGCAAAUGCAGCUGUCAAUCUCAUUGUUCAACGAAUAUUGCACGACUAAUCAAAUCACUUUGUUCAAGGCUGGGAUGCCGUAUUUCUUAUGACUGAUGAGGAAAGCGAUGAUCAUUCAAAAAAAUUACCUUGGAUUGCUAGUGUAGGAUAGAAACUAUAGUAUUUUUAGACGGAGUAGCUCUGUUUUUAUUCUUAGUUGAUGAUCAAUGCUUCUCUUGUGUAUUGAACCAGGCUGGGAAAAGGACUCCACAGAUUCACUACUCUUGCACCAAACCCCUUCAUGUUCCUUUCUACUUUCAAA